AUAUAAGGGGUUCUCAAACAUCGAGUCAUUUGUAUUUAGAAUUUAGAACCGCUGAAAUGUCAUAAACAACAAAAGUUACGUUCCUACACGUUCUGUUAACUCUGCAACUAUUGACAUGAUGCAUGUUUCUAUUUAUAAGAUUUUUGAUCUUGUUCAAUGAAGAAUUAAGCUUUAUUUGGAAUUAUGGCUCAAGCAAAACUUAACUCACAAGAAGAAACAAGUAGCACGAUUAACGAUAAAGAAAAAGAAACUGAUGAGAAAGAAGGUUUAACAACAGUGCUCGAAUGUGCAGUUUGUCUUCAACCAUGUAUAUAUCCUGCAAGAUUACCUUGCAAUCAUAUAUAUUGUUACCUGUGCGUCAAAGGUGUUGCAAAUCAAAGCAAAAGAUGUCCUAUGUGUCGUCAAGAAAUUCCUCCAGAUUUCCUUAAUAGACCACAACUGGUAGAAGUAGACGAAGCACAAAAAGAAUCGGAACAUUUUGAAGAAGAAUAUCAGUGGUUUUAUGAAGGCAGAAAUGGUUGGUGGCAAUAUGAUCAACGUACAAGUCAUGAAUUAGAAACUGCAUAUAAACAAGGCAAACGAAAUUGUGAAUUAUUAAUCGCAGGAUUUCUUUAUAUUGCUGACUUUGGUUCCAUGCUUCAAUUACGUAGAAAUGAUCCAUCUAGGCGAAGAAAAAUUAAACGUGAUUUAUAUAAUGUACCAAAAAAGGGAGUUGCAGGUUUAAGAUUAAAUAAUCAAGAUGAAGAAAUCACUAGAGAAGUGAGGGGAGCAGAAAGGCCAGCCAGUCCUGCGAGUGAUGAUAUGGGCACAGGAGAUGGUACAAAUACUCCAGUACCCCCAAGUAAUACACCACAAACACCUGCUGGUGGAACAGCAAGUGGUGAUGCUACACCUUUAAAUGAUAGAAUGGAACAAAGAGACUCUUUACAUCAGGUAUUAGAACAAAUGCGUUCAUUAGUUCUGAGAGAACAUUUAUCUUCAGAUACAGAUGAUGAAUUAGAGGAAGAUGAAGAAAGUGAAUCACCUUCCACUCAUCCUACAUUAUAAUGACUACAAACAUCUAAUAAUUCCUAUUCAUCAGAUGAAGAUCAUUUUUAAAAAGUUUUAUUUAUUCAAAUAAAUGUGGCAUCUCAUUAAAUGAAAAAUAUAGUAUGAUAAAAUUGUGUCUUGUUCAAAAAUGCAGAACAUUUAUAUAUGCGAUGUACUGACACAAUUUGUACAUUGCUCUGUGAUGCUUAUUAAACAAUUAAGUACAAUUAAGUCUUUCACAACACCAAUAUUUGAUGAAUGAUUAUUUUAAAUAUUCUUUCGCAUAUUACGAAUGUUCUAGCUUUAUAGAUGUGUAUAUUUGUAAUUUUACACUCCUUAAAAAAAUGUUCUCCAGAAAAGAAACAUCAUUCCAUACUCCUGUAUUUUAAUAUUAAUUCUACUUAAUUCAUACUUAUGCAAUUUUCAUAAUUAUUGUAGUUUAAAUUCGUAACUUU